CUGCAGCCGCCAGUACAGUCAGUCCCCCGCUACCGCCACCAGUAGUCGCCUGCCCGUUGCCCGUCCCACUUGCCUGCUCCCCGCACACGAACCGUCCAGCCAGCAUGAAGUCUGUAGCCGCUCUCGCCUUCCUGGUCGCCUGCCUGGCGACCACCAGCGCUGUGGAGAUUCUCAACUGCGAUAAACAGGAAGACAUUGAAAAACUGACCAACAGCGUGCACGCAAACCUGCUGGGAGUGCCGUUCCCUUUCAUUGGUGUGGACGGCACUUCCGCUUGCGACAGCGUCUUCAACGCCGACGGCAGCAAGGCGGGCUGCCCGCUCAAAAAGGGCCAACAGUACAUCUACAAGCACACAAUCAAGGUUCAUGACAUCUACCCCAAGGUGCGAUUGGACGUGCACUGGGCGCUGGCGUACGGCAACGGCAAGCAAGCUGUGUGCUUCGAGGUGCCCGCUCGCAUCGUGUCGUGAUGGCCGCUCGCACCCCCCUCUGCUGCAGCAGCCCUCCUCGACUCGGCAACGGCGUCGGCCGCCGUCACCGCCACGCGCUCGCGAACCUCUGUGUAGGAACGGCAACCACUGGCCCCCUAGUGCUUCGGGAAUCUCACCUCCAGGGCUGAGGGAACGUUGCCAACUUUCUGCGUGCUCUUGUAACAGAAAUAUAGUAUUUCUUGCAAAAAA